UAGAGAGUAAGUAAACUAGUACUCUUCCACCAUGUUGAGCGGCCACCAGCCAGAAAAGGACCCCUUACUCAUUCUCCAUUCCACCAAAGAGGAAGGUAAAGCAUCAUCAAAACGCUCUUAUGACGACACCAUCGAGCGUUGCAUCGGAAAGUUUGGGUGGGCCCAGUUCCUGCAAGUCAUCCUCGCUUCUCUGGCAUGGGCUUUUGACGCCCAGCAGACCUUCAUCACUGUCUUCACGGACCGCGUCCCCACGUGGCACUGUGACACUUCAUAUGCAUCAUCUCAGUGCAGCCAUGAUGGUAUGCAGGUAGCCGAGGUCUGUGCACUCCCGAAGGAUACAUGGGCAUGGGACACGCCGGCACACGCAUCAGUUGUGUCUGAGUGGUCCCUAGAAUGUGCCAGCCCAUUUGUGACCGGGCUGCCUGCAACCUCGUUCUUCAUCGGCUGCCUAGUUGGCGGGCUCUUGCUUUCCACAUUUGGUGACUCAUCCUUCGGCCGGAAGAAAACGCUCGCCUUCUCAUGCUUACUCAUGAAUGUCGCGAGCAUCCUCACAGCGACCUCCACGAACGUGUGGGCUUACUCAUUCUGGAAGUUCUUGACUGGAUUCGCACGUGCUACCAUUGGAACAUGUGCGCUCGUUUUGUCGACUGAGAUCGUCGGGAGGCGGUUGCGGGGGCAGGUUGGGAUCAUGGGAUUUGUAUGUUUCUCUCUUGGAUUCCUCUCUUUACCCGCAAUAGCAUACCUGAACUCCGAGUCUUCCUGGAGAUAUCUCUACCUCUGGACGGGCAUCCCCGGGAUCAUACACUCACUUCUAGUUUUCUUCUUUGUUCAUGAAUCUCCAAGGUGGCUUUAUGUUCGAGGACUAACUAAAGAUUUUGUCCAAACAAUCCGAAACAUCGCCCCGCCAGACAUGCGCAACUUAAUAACCUGCAGCUUCUUCGGCUCGUUCAUUCAAGACCAUGAAUUAACACCUGACCUGCAAGAUGAUAAUCAGAACCGCAUGGGUUUGUACUCAGCACUAAAAGUGUUGCUAAACAAACGCUGGGCUGUACGCCGCUUACUGGCAAUCAUGUGUGCAGCGUUUGGGUUUGGGCUGGUGUACUACGGCAUACCACUGGGUGCCGGCGAAAUGCCGUUUAGCAUCUACCUCAGCACGGCUCUAAAUGCCUUGUCCGAGCUGCCGGCCUCGCUGAUAACAUCCUUAAUGAUAGACAAGCUGAGGAGGAGAACCUCGGUGUUAUGUAUGGGUUUCCUGUGCUGCGUCUGCAGCUUUGGUUGUGCUAUGCUGGCAGGGGACACGUUGAAAUUCCUACAGAUUGGGCUGGAACUGGUUGCAUUCUUCAGCGGAUGCACAGGGUUUAAUGUGGUGCUGAUAUACACGCUCGAUCUGUUUCCAACUAGCGUGAGGAACUCAGCUAUGGCAAUUGUGAGGCAAGCACUGAUGCUCGGCGGUGCCAUCAGCCCACUGCUCGUUGGGCUUGGCAGAACGAAUAGGUAUUACUCAUACGGGGUGUUUGGAUUGACCAUUGGCAUGUGCUGCUUGUUUGUGAUUCCUUUGCCAGAGACAUUUGGAAGAGACGUCUGUGACACUAUUGAAGAAGAGGAGCGCAGGGAUGGUGGUGAAACAAAAAUCUGAUAUAGCAGCACGGUCACUAAUCCCAAAUAUAUGUAGGUGGUACUAGCAUGUUGAUCCACACAUGGUUGGUUUUGAGUUAAUUGUGAAAAAUGUGAAAAAACAUACCCCAUAAUAAAAUACUCUUGUGAUAUACAAUAUGAAUACACAGUAUGCA